AUGGACUCCAGGAUCCCAUCUGCUAGGAGCUGGAUCAGCAGCCACCCACCCACCUCUGAACCUGACCUGGAGCCUGCCACAGAUGGGCCAGCUUCCGAGACCACGACACUCAGCCCAGAAGCCACCAGCUUUAAUGACACCAGAAUCCCUGACGUGGCUGGUGGCACAGCCGGCGUGGGCACAAUGCUUCUGUCCUUUGGGAUCAUCACAGUGAUUGGCCUGGCUGUGGCCAUGGUUUUGUACAUCAGGAAGAAGAAGAGGCUGGAGAAGCUGCGCCACCAGCUCAUGCCUAUGUACAACUUCGACCCCACGGAGGAGCAAGAUGAACUGGAGCGGGAGCUGCUGGAGCACGGGCGGGACACUGCCUCCGUGCAGGCCGCCACCGCUGUGCAGGCCACGCUGGCCAAGACCACUCUCCCCUCUCAGGGCCCAAUGCAGAGGCCCAGCCGGCUGGUGUUCACUGAUGUAGCCAAUGCCAUCCACGCGUGA